AUGAGAAUAAUUGUUUUAAAGGAUAUAACACCAGUUGUUGAUGCCUUUGCAUGCAUAGGCUUUAAUAUUGAUCUCAAUAAAGCCAAAGGGAGCUUCAGCCAACCGGUGCGCUAUUUCGUACUUUUAAUUGGCGUUAUUGCUUGGACCGCAGCUUUGGCUGCUUAUACUAUGCAAUAUUUGACGGAUGUCGACAAAAUGGUCGCGGCGAUGACAAUAAAUGUGCAACUUUUCCUUACGACAUCAAAGAAUUUAAUUUUUCUAGCGCGACGUAAGCGCUUUUUACACCUAAAUGAGGCUUUGGAACGGCUGGCUUUGAAUGGUAACGAGUCUGAGCGUAUUUUAUGGAAUACCACAAAUCGUUUCGUUCUGCCCAUCACUAGAGCUUACAGGAUCUCGAGUGAGCUUACCGUCAGCUUUUGCGUACUAUUGCCAAUACUAAAGUUACUCUACUACUAUAUUUUUCAUUCCGAAGUGGUCCUAACGCUGCCAUUGCCGGGCAUUUUCCCCUACAACUACACUCUACCCUUUUACUUCAUCUUAACCACUAUACUCACCAUUUUGCUUGUUUACUUGUGCGCUUAUACCAUCGUUGCUAUCGAUGGUCUCUUCGGUUGGUUCAUCUAUAAUAUUUCGGCACAUCUUCAGAUUAUGAGUCUGCGUUUGGAGCAAAUUCUGCAACUACCAAUCGAAGAUCCACGCUUUCACCGACAUUUUGUCGACUUGGUGAAUUAUCAUAAAGAAAUAAUUAGGUUGUCUUUGGAACUUGAUGCAGUUUAUGCGCCAAUCAUAUUCUUAGAGGUCACUUCAUCUUCUUUGCCGAUUUGCUUUCUCGCUUAUCAGUUAUCUUACUUAUCGGAUCCAGCAAAUGUGCCCUUCAUGUGUUUGUUGAUGUCUUCUAUUGUUAUACAAUUAAUGAUUUACUGUUUUGGCGGCGAGAAGGUGCAGAGCGAGUGCGAUCAACUUUGUGAAAAUAUUUAUUUGCUCAUACCCUGGCAAAAUCUACCGCAGAAGCACUGUCGUUUGCUUCUAAAUCCGUUGAUUCGUUCGCAACGAGUUUUAGUCUUAACCGGCUAUUUUUUCACGGCCAAUCGCAGUCUACUUGUAUGGAUCUUCAGAACAGCUGGAUCAUUUACGGCCAUGUUAUUUGCUUUGAAAGAAAAGGACGUAUAAAUUACUGCUAAACCUUUAAACUUAUCUCUU